AUGAUUACCCGUCUGGAUGGCGCGAGCGCGCGCAAGCUCGCUGCGGGGCAAGUAAUUACAGACCUCACGAGCGUUGUGAAAGAACUCUCCGAAAAUGCGCUGGAUGCCAAGGCCACAACGGUGACUAUUCGACUCAUCAACUACGGUCUCGAUGAGAUUGUCGUUGAUGAUGACGGCACGGGAAUAUCCAUGGGUCAGCUAGUGGACACCGCGACCAAUGAGCUGCUGGAUGGUGCGAGCACGCCUCUGUUAUCAAGCCGCGCCACCACGAAGCAGCGACGGCACGAUCUCGACAGCUGCAGUCAUGCGACUGCAACGAAUGAAGCCAACGAGGGCCACACGAACCAGGCCGAGAGCGCGUGUAUGGCACCGGAUGAGGGCGACAGCUCUGAUCCGUCACUCGGUUUCCGCGGGGAAGCGCUCCACUCUUUGGCCCACGUGAGUGAUGUAACGAUAGAGACACGCAGCGCCGACACUGGUGCCUUGACGGUGCGUAUCUCCUAUGACCAUAUAUCGCACACAUCCCGCCUGGAGGCGGUGCAACUGCGCGAUGUGUGCGGCACCACCGUCACCGCACGACAUCUCUUCAAGCACCUUCCUGUGCGGCACCGCGAGUACGUGAAGAACUGUCGCAAGCAGCUCAGCAAGGCAACCAGCACGAUGAAGCAGUACGCCGUGUCGCACCCGCACAUACGUCUCCUGAUGCAGCACCAGGAGACCCCCAACUCGGCCGUCGUCACGCUCGUUUCGCUCACCGGCUCUGGCGACGCAACGCGCAGUGUGACGGAGGCGUACGGCGGCCUUUGCACCUCGCAUAUGCAGCGCGUGAACUGGAACUUGUCGUUCGGCACCUUUACCGGACUCGUGUCGAAGGUAAGCGGCGGCGGGCGACUCAGCGGCGACCAUCAAGUGUUCGCUCUUGACGGGCGGCUCGUCGACCUGCCGCGUUUGGGCAAGGCGCUAAACGACGCCUUCACCCAGUGCCUCCCGAACGCCUCCCAGCGGCUGCACGUUGCCUUCUUCCUCCAGGUGAAGACGAACGCCUUACUUCAGUACGACGUAAACCUUGCCCCAAACAAGCGCAAGGUGUUGCUCGCGCAAGAGGAACGCUUGGCGGACGAGGUGUACCAGUGCGCGCUGCAAGAGUUUGGCUCGGCCUUGCAGGAGGUCGACCUGGAUCGUGGCCAACGUAUCGCGCAGACCCGCGUCGCUGAUGUGCGUGCUACGGAGCUGACGAAGCUGACGCGAACACCAGUUUCAGCUACGUCGCUCACGCAGUUCACGUUCAAGCGAGCGAAGGUGGAGAAACCGGAUACGGGCGGCCGCGUCACCACUGGCGCCCUGGACGCCCACAGUGGAGGGUCGUACCUCAGCUCCACGGCUGGCUCCUCCUCCGCGAUCGACCUCCCAAAGCUCGGCAGCUUCCUGUACGACGAUGACGCAGUCGACAAUGACGGCUCCGGCACGGACGGGGAUGGCGAGAGGGCUGAAUCCAAUCCACUCUUGCUGCCCUCCUCCCUAUCCAGCAUGAGUGAUGGCGAGGUGGACGACCAGGACAGCAAAGAAAGUUCCCGCAGCGCUCUCGAACACAAGAGCGAAGGCAGCGACCCACCCGCGCUCAAGUCUACCGUAGAAGUCGAUGACGAUGGAGACUGCUGUUGCGGUCAUCACUUGGCUGACAACGCGAAAGGCAUGCACUCGGGCUCGGUGGCAGUCGAGGUUACGCGGCUCUCGGACGAGGGCAGUCAGCAGCGUGGCGGGGGCAGCUGCUAUCAGUGCACGUACCCGGAUCUCGGCGAGCUCGUGCAGGAGCCCUUCUCCGCGGACCCAGCCGACGCGGUGGCGUUGUCUGCGUUGGCAAAAAAGUGCGGCCGGCCCUCUUCUCGCACCCUCGGCGCCCAGACGGCCGACGACCUGAACCACUACUUCAACAAGAAUUCCUUCAAGGAGAUGCGGGUGAUUGGGCAGUUCAACCACGGCUUUAUCAUUGCCGUGCUCCCCAACGGUGACGUGUUCGUCGUUGACCAGCACGCAUCGGAUGAGAAGUAUAACUACGAGCGACUCGUGCGCGCGUACGAGGCAACGCCACAGCCCUUGGUGAUGCCGGUGCCCGUGGCCAUGAGUGCUCACGAGGUGGACCUCGCCGUGGAGCACAAGCUGGCUCUUCAGCACCACGGCUUCAAGGUAAGCCGAGGAAGCGACGACACGAAGCUGCUGGUGUAUUCGUUACCGGUGUUGCCGUACGACGUGGUGAGCGCGUCGGAUGUGAUGGAGCUGGUGCAGCAACUCGUACAGUAUGGCACCAUCACAAAGCCGCUGCGUGCGGUGUGGCACUCCAUGGCCACGAAGGCGUGCCGCAGCAGCAUCAUGAUUGGCACCCCGCUCACGGUGAAGCGCAUGAAGCUCAUCCUCGAGCGCCUAAGCCAGCUGGAUCAGCCAUGGAACUGCCCGCAUGGUCGACCAACGCUGCGGUUGCUGUGCAACAUAGCAGAUCUUCCGAGAGGUGGCGCGCUGUCUCGAUGA